GUUCUGGAGCAACAGCUAAAGAAAGUGAAUGAAUUAAUCAGGGAAGAUGAGCGGGUGUCAUCUAAUCCGGUGAUGAAGCUGACAUUUGGGAAACCAGAGCUUUUCCUGAGCUCUUUGCCCCAGAACUCCCUUAUCCAUAAUUCAUCCAUCUGGAGCUGCAGGAGGAAGGUCUCGUUGUUGAGUCUGGCCCACACUGUGGAGCAAAACAAUGGCCGGGACACUUUACCAAUGCUCUGGAGGUUCCUUCAAAGGGAAGCAGAGUUACGACUAGUGAGGUUCCUUCCUGACAUCUUGGUUCUCCAGAGGGAUUUGAUAAAGAAGUUCCAGAACAUGACAGACCUAACCUUCAAAACCAUAGAAGAGUUUCUGGAUAGCCAUAAAGAAGCUUCAUUAGCUUGGUAUAAAAAGUGCAUAAACAUCUUCUUGUCAACAUGGAACCAACUCCGGGUAUCUCUGGCUACCACAGAGAUAAAGCUGCCGGCUGAAUACACUCAGGAGGAUCUGGGUUUGGACGCUGACCUGCAGGUGCUGCUGCCGCAGAGACGUGGUCUGGGCCUGUGCUCCACUGCCCUCGUCAGCUACCUCAUCGCCCUUCACAAUGACCUUGUGUACACUGUGGAAAAACACACCGGAGAGGAGUCUGGUUACACGGUAAGCCCAGCGGACCUGACGGAGCUGCAUGUGAUCCGUUAUGAGUAUGAGCGGGACCUGCUGCCUCUGAUACUGUCCAACUGCCAGUACAGCAUGGAGCGCGGACAAGAAACACUGAUGGAGUGCGACCUGCCCAAGAUUCAGCAGCAGAUCCUCACCCGCUUUCUACAGGGCAAACCGCUCAUAACCCUUAAUGGUAUUCCGACAGUGGUGAACAGACAGGACAGAAAUUAUGAGAUCAUAUUUAAGGAUGUGAAGGGCAAAGUUCCACAAGAGUCAUUGCAGGCUCUCACACAACACAACCUCGUGAAGGAGCUGCAGUCCUACAGUGACGUGUGUGAAGCGCUGUCCACAGUCGAGCUGGCUCUGGGGUUCCUCGCUAUGACCGGAGGAGAGCCACACAUGCAGCUGGCCACUUAUUUGGAGGAGGUGCUACAGAUGACUGACAACAUUGCCCCACACGUCCUCAAGGCAUUCAGCCGGUGCAGUCUUAAACACUGUGUGGCGCUGUGGCAGCUGCUCAGCUCUCUGAAAUCAGAGACCCUGCUGCGUCUGAAGGGGCACCCUUUUAAGGACAUCAGUGAGGAGUACAAGCACCCUCUGCAGGAGGAACACAAGAGCCAGCUCACUAGUUUUAUAACUAAGUCCAGCGCUGCUGCCUUCCUGAUGGAGAUUCAUGAAUUUCUGCUUUUAGUUCUGAAGAACCCAAAAGACACGCACACUUUCAGGCCUGACUGGGGUCUGAAAGAAACGGUUGUUCCCUACAUGGAUGGUAAAGGUCUGGACGUUCCUCCUGAGGUGGACGAGUUCUUCCCUGAAGACAUUCUGCUCUCGCAGUGCAUCGACGCGUGGAAGUUCUCUGCUCUUCUCAGACGAGAGAGAAAUCAAAUUAAUCAUGGAUAAAGUACUUCCGUGUUCUGACCCAAACACUCAUAUUAGACAAAGCUUAGUUUUGAUUUACAAAUGAUAUAUACAUGCUUACAUCACUCGCUCAGUACAGACCUUUUAAAUCCUUGGCUUUUUUGGCAUAUUGAAGACUUCACUUUCUCCACUUAUAUGCAGCACUGUAUACUGUAAUAUUAUAGUCAUAAUCUGUCAAAGUAUCUCUCUAGGAUAGUUAGCAAGUGUAGUACAACUUGUUACAAUAUAUAAAAAGUUUUUUUUUAAAAAUGUGUUUCCUUGAUACUCGAAGUACAUAUAAACUCAUCUAAGUCCCGACUCGAGGACCGUUAACAAUCACAUCCCACUUUCUCCCUGUCUGUCUGUCCUAAUGGAAUAAAGGCAAUACAUAAAUAAUCUUACAAAAAGGGAAUAAAAACAUUUUAAUCCCAGACCUCAGCACGCUUAUGUUCAUCUUAAAUAAUGUUUUUGAUUAGUAAAAAUGUCAUUGCUUUGCUUGGUGUAGAUUAAAGGGUGUCCAAUACAAAUCAUUUUCAGUUUUUUUUUCUUUC